AUGACUUCUGUAAACCGUGUAUGGAUGGCUGCCGGCGUAGCUGUUGUAAAUGGACAUACAGAUCAAGGCUACAAACUUAAAUCCCUUCUCAUCAACUCCUUCCGACAUGCCAAGAAGGCUUUCACCUCCGAUCUCCGUCCACUUUUCGGCCUUCUACGAUCAGAUGGUUCGUUUCUUCUUACUUAUUCCAUCUCAAUCGCAUUAUCAAUUUCACUGCUAUCUCUCUCUCACACAUCAAAAACGACGAUUUCUUCUUCUUCUAAGCAUUCCGUCUGUUCCAAGAUCGUCGUUGCCUUCCAAGAUCGUCAUCGCAUUCCAGUCAUCUACAAGAUUGCGUUGUCGCUCCUUCUCCUUCGGCAUCCUCUGUCGUCGUUCCUUCCCCUUCGACAUCCUCUGCUCCUCCAAAAUCCCUCCGAUGCCUUUAGCUCCUCUGUUCCCGAUGAUACCGCCGACCUAUACAAAGUUCCCGACGAUACCGAAAGCGCAAAGAGAUACAGUCAACUACAAGCAGCAAGUGUCCACUUUAAGAGUUUUGCUUACCUCUACAAUGAAGAUCAGUUCAUGGCAACGUUAGCAAAUGAUAUCUCAACUAUGAAAACCCUUCCCAAAACCAUAAAAGGAGCCAUAAGAAAGAAAGAAAUCCCUUCAUUUAAAGUGUUUAACUCACAAUCUCCAUACUAUUAUUUACAUCAUUUUCUUCCGGCUCUCAUACGCCACUUUGUAGAUGAACUAGUUAUUGCGGAUGGUGGAUGCUUACAGGAUGUACAUGGAAUUAUCAAAGGCAAUAUUACUGUGGAUUCACACACAAUGUCCGAAUGGUUCAUGGGACACAAUAAUCAACAUAUCUGGAGGAGAAGUCUUCGGUGGCCAAAAGAAACUUAUCUUGUUUCAUGCAAUCUUUGA